AUGACCGUUGUCAACAUUCCGUCGAUAACCAAGAAAGACUGUGAACAAUUUACAUUCAAUCAUGCCGAAUGCCAGAAGAAGAGAAAAUCAAUCUGUGGGUAUAUAAACCAUAUAAUCCUAGCCAUUUACAUGGUUAUCCUUGGGAUUAUAAUCUUCAAAGAACUGAUGGAACUAUUGAUUGUUCGAAAUAAAUUUAUAAAAUGUAACUUUGAGAUUAAGAACGAUACUCAUUUAAACGAGAAUUAUAUUUCUCAUGCAAACUCUGAGAGUGAGAUGGUACUGUCCUAUCUUUUGGACAAUAAUGGUACUUAUAACUUUCAAUUAAACACAACGAUCAAAUUCGUCAACUACAAAGAAGUCGCUCGUUCUUCGUACUUAGUGCCCGAGGUUCGUAUCAUACAUGAUUUCCAUGGUAACCUCACAAGUAUAAUCAACGAAAAAAAACGAUUUUGCCACAUCAUGCCUAUCAUACGCACAAUAUUUUCGCCACCCGAAUCACUUUCUGAUUUGAAGAUCAAAGUGACCAGCCACUAUUACGCCAAGGAGAUCGAAAAAUUCACACGUAAUAGUGUCUUGGUCAAACCAUCAGUCGAUGAUCUUACUGCUUAUGGAGGACACAUUCCUGAAACCUGUGCUGACUAUGACAUUUUCAUAAUGAUGGAAAAAAUGUAG